AAGUGUCAGGCGUCGGGAACGACGUGAUUGUGAGCUUCUCUUUUUCAAGAUGUAAGGUCGCUAGAAGUUUGCAGACACAGCAGCACCUUUCGCAGCCGCGAGUUGCCAUUUCGCACGAUGCGGUCGUUUUUAGCCUUCCUUAGCUGCUACUCGCUAAUACUGACCUGCGCGGUAAGCUCUCAUUUAGUGGCAACGACGGAGGACGACCUCACCUUAUCGGGGACAAGUGACUCUUCGAGGGACAGCAGAAUCACGAACGAUGCGGCGGAUGCGAACCAGAAGCAGACGCCAAUUGUGUUCUGGCACGGUCUCGGAGACAGUUGUUGUAACCCUCUUAGCCUCGGCGGAUUCACCGACUUCGUGAAGGAACAAAUUCCGGGUGUCUACAUCAAUUCCCUCAAAAUCGGGGACACAAUGAUUCAAGAAGUCGAGGACGGCUACUUCAUGAACACCAACGACCAGGUCAGAGUCGCUUGCGAGAUCAUCAGAAAUGACUCAGCGCUAUCGGGUGGCUACCAUGCGCUAGGGUUUUCGCAGGGAAGUCAGUUCCUCAGAGCUGUUGCUCAGCGAUGCCCCGAUCCGCCGAUGAUAAACUUGGUGUCUCUUGGAGGUCAACACCAAGGUGUCUUCGGGUUUCCCAAGUGUCCCGGCGACAACUCGACUCUCUGUGAGUACGUCAGGAGACUCCUUAACAUCGGCGCUUACUGGGACGCCGUUCAAAAUCAUCUGGUCCCUGCGCAGUACUGGCAUGACCCGUUUCACAGGGAAACCUACGUCGCCAAGAGCAUCUUUCUCGCAGACAUCAACAACGAAAGGUACAAGAACGAGACCUAUAAGCAGAAUUUGCUCAAGCUGAAGAACUUCGUGAUGGUCCUCUACGAAGAGGACUCGGUGGUUGACCCCAGAAACUCUUCCUGGUUUGGUUAUUAUCCAGACAACGACGAUAAGACGAUUGUGCCGCUUCAGCAACAGAAAAUCUACACUGAGGACUGGAUAGGUCUGAAGCAGCUCGACGAGUCUGGAAGGCUCGUCUUUCUGUCGACUCCGGGGGACCAUCUCCAGAUGGAUAAGCAGUGGUUUAUUGACAACAUCAUCAAGUACCUAAAGUAGUUUUCUUGCAGGCCUGCCAUCUGACACUCACUCCUUUCGAUCAGUUAUUGUGCAAGUGCCGUGUUUAUUAACGUAGGUAUUGCUUCCUAUGAGAUUGGAGUUGAGUCAUUUAGCAUUAGUUGCAAGAUUUGUCUGCGGAAUGCCACGCUCGGUUGUCUGGUUUAUUUCCGAGUGAGUUGUUCUCUUCUUACUUCGUGGUUAUAAUGCUGUCGUUCUGGUGACAUUUCACAUGAUAUCAUUUUGAGCAGAAAAGUCACUUUCCCGAUGUAGAGUGAAUUUGGAUUGUGCGUAAGAAUGUUGUUGAAAGUCAAUUUCACACUUCGGUGUAAUCUGUCUUUGGCUUUGGUCGUUUAUAAUUAUUAUAAAAAUCAUUAUUUUGAAUAAUAAAUACCAUCUUGACUGUUGCAGUA